AUGGAACGGAUCUACAACACCCUUCGCGAGAAUAGGAAGCUUCGGAUGACAGACGAGCAGCUUUCAGACCUCGGAGUCGAUUUUUAUCAGUUUGAUAUCCGCACUGGGAGUGGUUACUCAUUCAAGGAAUUUCACCGUGAAGGGAUUCCCAAUGGCGGAUGGGUAGUAGACCGCGACACGUAUUCUCUUCUUGGAGGUCGCCGAGAGUUUCUCGACUUUGAAUGUACAAAUACCGAGAAGCUGGAAUUUCCUCUGGAUUCACUGAGCUGCCAUGAGCACAAGGGCCACCAGCGCUCAAUAGUCGGGUUCUGCAACCAGGAGAAAUGUGGUGAUAAACGGCCUUCCUCGAUGGAGGUCUUUGCGAUCGCCGCAUUAACCCACAGAGAAAUGACCCGGGUUGAUCGGAAAAGGUCGUAUAAGAAUGGGUCUGAUGAGAGUCGGUUGAAUGAGUAUCGGUCGGACGAGUGCUACUUUACUUCCCCGCAUUUAGUAUUUCUGAUGGACAAAUUUGGCGGAUGCCGUAUGUUCCAAUCCUAUUUUGAUGGCAAGCUUCAGGUUCAAUUCUCGGAGCUCCUAGAUCUAGGACAUAUGAUUGCCGUGCCUGCUUACGGGGAGAAAUACUUUGAUAUGGUUGAUAGAAAAGACUUUCUGGGGAAGUUGAACCUGCUUCUAAAAUGGGCAUGGCAUUUUCCAGAAGGAAACACCGUUGCAAAUGUUCCAAGGAUUUGUGGCAAUUGA